ACAAGAGGUGAGUAAGGGAGACUUACUAUGUUUUAUUUUCUCUAUAGAGCUAGUUUUCUUCAUGGGAGGCAAACAAUCACAGCCUCUAAAAGUUACAGACUUUUUCAGGAUAACCCAUCAGUCUUUAAACUAUUAAGUAGUCUUAGAUUCAUCUCCACAACCUCAAAUCGGUACUCAUUCACUGUUUCAUACCUCAUAAACAAAUUUGGGUUUUCUCCAGAGUCAGCUUCCUUGGCUUCAAAGUGUGUCCAUUUUGAAACCCCUGAAAAACCUGACUCUUUCAUUGCUUUUUUGGCAAAGUAUGGCUUUUCCAAAACCCAAAUCACAAACCUCAUCAAAAGACAGCCAAAACUGCUUGUAUAUGAUACCGAGAAAACCAUUUUGCCCAAACUAGAGUUUCUUUACACUGCAGGUUUUUCAAGGCUUGACCUUGCCAAACUCUUGACUAAAUACCCAGCACUUUGGAGAAGUAGUUUAGAGAAACAAAUUAUCCCUUCAUUUAAUUUUCUAAGGAACCUGUUUCAAUCCAAUGACAAGACCGUGAAAGCUACAAAACGGUUUCCCGGUAUUCUUUUGUAUGAUUUUGAGUCGAUUCUGUUUCCAAAUAUGAAUAUUUUGAGAGGAAAUGGAGUCCCUGAAUCAAAUAUUCUCACAAUGCUUCAGCGUCAGCCUAGAACAUUUUGUCUUAAACCAACCCGGCUUAAGGAGAUUGUGGAGGAAGUCAAAAGAAUGGGGUUCGAUUCUUCGAGAAUGAAGUUUGUCGAAGCGGUUUUUGCAUGGAUAUCAAUGAGCAAAUCCACACUAGAGAAUAAGUUUGAUGUUUAUAGGAGAUGGGGUUGGUCUGACCAAGAGAUUCUUGAAGCUUUUCAAAAGCAUCCUUUGUUUAUUAGAGUUUCUAAAGUCAAGAUCAUGGCUAUAAUGGAUUUUCUUGUGAACAAAAUGGGCUUCAAUUCUAUUCUUGUUGCAAAACAACCGGGUAUUCUUUGUCGGAGCUUUGAGAGGAUUAUUGUUCCUAGGGCUCUGAUUGCUCAUGAAUUGUUAUCACAAGGUUUAAUUAAUGACAUAAAAUUGUCUGUAUUAUUUCAAACAACAGAGAAGGUCUUCCUUAGGAUGUUUGUUAACCGUCAUGCAAACAAAGCACCAGAGCUCUUGAAACUAUAUGAAGAAAAACUGAAUAUUUCAAGAAACAAAAUGAAAGGUGAGUUAAUAUAGACUGCAGCCUUAGUAUUUUUUAGGAUGUGCAGAAUUAUUUUUGGUGCAUUCAGAUUUUCCAUGUCAUGUUACCCUGUUUCAGAUAAUUGUUUUGAUCCGAAAGUUGUUUUAGGUGAAAUUGGAAAAUGCAGCAUCCAAGUUUUUUAGCUGUUUUCUUUUCUGCCAUGGAUGAGGCUUAAGCUCAACAUUCUGCUCUCUCUCUACUCUGCUGUUUUACUUAGUCUUGUGGGUUUUAAGUGCCAUAUUGAAAUGAGUUUCAUUUGCCUACAUUGUUAAUCUUGCUGUCUCUAAGUGCAAGUGUGAAAUGAGUUUCAUUUGCAACCAUAUCAGUAUCCUUGUUUUUGCAGCAUCCACACUAUCUUGUUAAUCAUUUGUUAAAAGAGUUGUGAAGCUCAAUGACCUAUUGCUGGACCUCAUGGCUUUUGAUCUUUCAUUAUGGAACAAGUAGGCUCAUAUAGCCGUUGGACAAAACUUUGGUUGUGCAAUGCAGCAAAAUGGAGUCUCCAAGACUGGAGAGUAACUGUUGUGAACAGCAACUUUGUCUUGAAUUUGUUUAUAUUUUUCAACUGCAUUUGUUUUCACUCAAAUUUGUCAAGAAAAUUGAAUCAAUAGUUUGAUUAGCGAAAUUAAAUGGAGUAGUAAUUCAUUGGAUAUUUUUAUUUGUAGUUUAUGUAAAAAUAAAUAAAUUUAUCUACUA